AUGCUGUUCUACUUUCCUUAUCAUGGAUUGGGACGUGCAAAGAAGACAUUUUGCAAGUUUAUAGAGGAACACUUCAAAAGCAAAUUGAAGAUCGAGGAGAAAAAGAUUACACUUUUGGAUGGUGUAGCAGCCGUCGCGUUUACUCUGGCAGAUGUUGGAGUUUACCCUAGGACAAGAAAUGACAUGUUGGACAUUGGCGGAGUAGACAUAUUUGAGGUUCCUAUUUUUGAUGAAGAAUCACUUGAGGACCCUUGUGAACUGCGCAUAGAUGUGUUGGAAUCAUAUUUCCAAAGAGCAAAACAAGAAGGUUUAAAAGUCCGCGGAGUUAUCCUUACCAACCCCAAUAACCCUACUGGCAAAGUGUACUCACCACACGAACUUACACAGUUGAUGGAAUUUUGCAAGCGGAAGAAUCUUCACGUCAUAUUUAAUGAGAUAUAUGCUUUAUCAACACAAGGACAAGGAUGUUUUACAAGUGUUCUCUCUAUGAACAUCCCUGAUCUAAAUAAAACCCAUUUUAUAUGGGGCUUCAGUAAGGAUUUUGGUCUCUCUGGAUUCCGAUGUGGUGUGGUAUAUUCCCAUGAUGAGAGUCAUGAAUUGUAUAAUAUUGUUUCAGAUUGGAUUAAAAACACGUAUUUCCCUACGUAUUAUGCCAGAGCAAAAGAGACACAUCAAUUGGUGAAAGACGUAUUGGAUGAAUUCAAUAUUCCAACAGCUUACAGCGGUCAAAAUGUUAUUUUCUUUUGGAUGAAUUUGUCAAAGUUUUUGGAAGAGAAAACUAAACAGGAGGAGAGGAAGCUGUUCAACAAGUUUAUGGAAGCGGGUCUUUACAUUUGUCCCGGCACAGAAAUGCUCUGUCAGGUUCCAGGCUGGUUUCGACUGGUUUAUACAUUGCCGAAACAGGAAGUUCAAGAGGGACUUCGUCGUUUCCGUGCAGUGCUAAAAGACAUACAACAGAGACAACUACAAUGA